AACAUGGCCGCUUCCUGCGUCCAGCCCGGACCGGCGCUCGCCUGACCGCGGACACCGCCCGAGCCCGCCGCCCUCCGCCCUCCGGCGGCAGCCUCCGACCUCGUCCGCCUCCCGCUCGGCCCGCCGUCAUGGACAGGAGCUCCAGCUGCGAGAGUCUGGGCGCUCAGCCCGCCGCCGCGCGGCCGCCCAGCGCGGACUCCCUGUCCAGUGCCUCUACUUCUCACUCAGAGAAUUCGGUGCAUACAAAAUCAGCUUCUGUUGUAUCUUCAGAUUCCGUUUCAACUUCUGCAGACAACUUUUCUCCUGAUUUGAGGGUCCUGAGGGAAUCUAAUAAAUUAGCAGAAAUGGAAGAACCACCUUUGCUUCCAGGAGAAACUAUUAAAGAUAUGGCUAAAGAUGUAACUUAUAUAUGUCCCUUCACUGGUGCUACACGAGGAACGCUGACUGUCACCAACUACAGACUGUAUUUCAAAAGCAUGGAGCGGGAUCCUCCAUUUGUUCUAGAUGCUUCUCUUGGUGUAAUUAGUAGAGUAGAAAAAAUUGGUGGUGCCUCUAGUCGAGGUGAAAAUUCUUAUGGACUGGAAACUGUAUGCAAGGAUAUUAGGAAUUUACGAUUUGCUCAUAAACCUGAGGGGCGAACCAGAAGAUCUAUAUUUGAGAAUCUGAUGAAAUAUGCGUUUCCUGUUUCUAACAGCCUGCCUCUGUUUGCUUUUGAGUACAAAGAAGUAUUCCCUGAGAAUGGGUGGAAACUCUAUGACCCUCUUUUGGAAUAUCGAAGGCAGGGCAUUCCAAAUGAGAGCUGGAGAAUAACAAAGGUAAACGAGCGCUAUGAGCUCUGUGACACAUACCCUGCCCUCUUGGUGGUGCCAGCAAAUAUUCCUGAUGAAGAGCUAAAGAGAGUGGCAUCCUUCAGGUCCAGGGGCCGAAUACCAGUUUUGUCAUGGAUUCAUCCUGAAAGUCAAGCCACCAUCACUCGAUGCAGCCAGCCCUUGGUAGGAGUGAGUGGGAAGCGAAGCAAGGAGGACGAGAAAUACCUCCAGGCCAUCAUGGAUUCUAACGCUCAGUCCCAUAAAAUCUUCAUUUUUGAUGCUCGGCCCAGUGUUAAUGCCGUAGCCAAUAAGGCCAAGGGUGGAGGUUAUGAAAGUGAAGAUGCCUAUCAGAAUGCAGAGCUGAUUUUUCUGGAUAUCCAUAAUAUUCAUGUUAUGAGAGAAUCAUUACGAAAACUUAAGGAGAUUGUGUACCCUAACAUUGAGGAGACACACUGGUUGUCUAACUUGGAGUCUACUCACUGGCUAGAACAUAUUAAGCUAAUCCUGGCAGGGGCUCUGCGGAUUGCUGACAAGGUGGAGUCCGGGAAGACGUCGGUGGUCGUGCACUGCAGUGACGGCUGGGACCGCACAGCACAGCUCUCAUCCCUGGCCAUGCUCAUGUUGGAUGGCUACUACAGAACCAUACGGGGGUUUGAGGUCCUCAUCGAGAAGGAGUGGCUGAGCUUUGGACAUCGAUUUCAGCUAAGAGUCGGCCACGGAGAUAAGAACCAUGCAGAUGCGGACAGAUCGCCUGUUUUCCUCCAGUUUAUUGACUGUGUCUGGCAAGUGACAAGACAGUUCCCCACUGCCUUUGAGUUCAAUGAAUACUUCCUCAUUACCAUUUUGGACCACCUGUACAGCUGUUUAUUUGGGACAUUCCUCUGUAACAGUGAACAGCAAAGAGGAAAAGAGAAUCUACCUAAAAGGACCGUGUCAUUGUGGUCUUACAUCAACAACCAGCUAGAAGACUUCACCAACCCCCUCUACGGGGGCUACUCUACUCACGUCCUCUACCCAGUGGCCAGCAUGCGCCAUCUAGAGCUCUGGGUAGGGUACUACAUACGGUGGAACCCGAGGAUGAAGCCCCAGGAGCCUAUUCAUAACAGAUACAAGGAACUUCUUGCAAAACGAGCAGAGCUUCAGAAAAAAGUAGAGGAACUACAGAGAGAGAUUUCCAACCGGUCAACUUCCUCCUCAGAGAGGGGCAGUUCCCCUGCACAGUGUGCCACUCCUGUCCAGACAGUUGUGUAAGAGGAGCAGAGCCUCACCACGGCAAACUCAGUGUAGGGCCACGCUGUGGCCUGUCUGGGGGGCGGUGGGAAGUCCAGAAGUGUGCAAUGGAUCUGUCCUUUACCUCGGCAUCUGAAGAUCAAAAUGGGAUAAAGCAAGCUACAAAGGAACGUGUUACGUGAAAUCAUCUAAUAUAGGGCCCUCAGUCUACAACAGAUCAAAAUCAAGUAACACUCUUUCUCCAGUUUUCCUUAUAGUGUAAGUAGUAAAAAAUUACUGCUGGCAUUAUAUCCUACUAAAAUAAAAAGCAGGGUGUUUCAAAAUGACGCUUUAUAAAGAGAUGCUUCAGGGAGGAAGUGGCAGCCACCCAUUUGUGCAGUUUCCACACUGUAAUAUGCUACUAAGAUUGACUUUUCUGAAGUCUGUAUAGAUAGCUUAUGGUAAGAAACACUAUGCUCAAAUUUUCACAAAAUAUUUUACUAUUUUUUCCUAAUUAUACUGAGUGGUAUAAGUCUACCAAAGAACACAAUGCAUGUAAAGAAUUAAAUAUCAAGACCAGUAGAAAAAAAAUCUUGCUUCACUAUUCACCUGUAAGUUCGGUGCUGGUAUAUAAAUAUAAAUAUGACUCUGUAUUAAGAGCCAUAUGUAACGUACUGUAACAAAGGAAAGAAAUUUCAUACAUUGUCAAUGUCCAAAGUUACCUUUUGCAGAAACGUUACUUGAAAAUAAUUAAGUGCAUUUUCAAAUGGAAAUGCUCGCUUUCAGCACAUUUGUCCUCUAACACCCAAAUCAAAUAAAAAUCCACUAUUUUUUUCAAUCAA